AUGCUGCGUAAAGGUGAUGUAUUCACCGCACCAAACCGCACUACUGAGCCACGUGUAUACGCUAUUUUCUGGAGUUGUCACGAACCGUCUCGAAUGCAAGUGACUUUCAACCGCGCGAACAGGCUGGUUUCCGUAAAGCCACUACAAUCGACCACAUCUGACUGUCCGAGGCACACAACAGUCGGACUUCAGACACUUCAGCAAGGUGUCAGACAGGGCGAUGUUAUAUGUCCCAAACUUUUUACCGCGAUAAUAGCGUUCUCAUGGUUCGCACGGGAAGAUCUAAACCGAAUGCUCAUUGACCUUUAG